UUUUCCGGGGAAUGCACAUGAAGAUUAUCUGGCAAACUAUUGCUUCAAUAGCGAUUGUGAGCUUGUUUUCGAACUAUUUGUCUGCUCCUCCGAGCCCUUUUCUUCUCUGUUUUCUCCUUAGUACGAUCAUUUUCUUGCUAAUCGUCGACAAUAGUCACUCGGAUUAUCAAGAAAACGAAGAAAUGUUCCCGGAGACGAUCGGAGGAGUUUACGUUAUGUAUGAAUUUGAAGAAGAUAUCGCCUCUGGUGAUAUAGUAAAGAACGAUUCAUGGAGCUUCACAAGAUAUUGUGAUCAUAGUGGUUAUGAUUAUGGUGGUGAAGAUGAGGAUGUAUGGGAUGCUUAUGAUGGUGACUAUGGUGAUACAAGUGAAUGGUAUGGUGAUGAUGAUGAUGAUGAUGAUGAUGAUGAUGAUGAUGAUGGCUUGAGGAGUAGUGUUGAAGAUUUCAUUGCAAGGGUAUAUGAAGGGUGGAGGGAGGAGAGAAUGGUGGAUAUAUAACCUGCACAACAGUUUUUUGUUUUGAUGAUCUCUCUAAACUCUGUGUUUAUAUGUAAAUACAUGUUUUGCAUCUUCUGUGUCAUUUACACCGAUCGAUCCUCUUGUUAUUUAUCGAUCAUCUCGGUUGUAUCCAUCUCGAUUUCGGGUUUUUCCUCUUUUUUUUUUUUGGAAGGACAUUUUUUUUUUUGGUUCAUGAACAUAACUUUUCCAAGUACAAGAUCACACAGUACAGUACCAUAUCUGUCAA